AGGCUGGAACUUGGCGAAGAGCACCCUUAAAAUGUGUGAAGAGAUGUCUCACCUUCUGCGCAACAUUCGCAGCAUCAUCUGCAUUUUCGAGAAGUAUGCCAAGGAUGAUGGGGACUGUGGUACCUUGAGCAAAGGAGAGCUGAAACAGCUGAUCCAAACGGAGUUCGCUGACGUCAUUGUGGAUCCACAUGAUCCCAAGACAAUAGAGACAGUGCUCCAUCUGUUAGACACCGACUGUGAUGGCAAAGUAGGUUUUGAAGAAUUUACAGUCCUGGUCUUCAAGGUGGUCAAAGCCUGUUAUAAGAAAGUCCAAGAAUGCCAGCAUACAGCAGGUGGACCAUCCAAGAGAGAUAUCACCAACAUUCAGCAGCGGGACAUCCCACCUCAACAAGUGUCCAGAGAUGGACCAUCCCAGAGAGAUAUCUCCAGGACACAGCAGCGGGACAUCCCACCUCAACAAUUAUUUGUGACCAAGAAUCUUGUUCUGUCACACUCAGACAGCAUCAGAAUGACCAACAGAGAUGUCAAUCUCAAGGACUUGAGCAGCGUUCGGUUGUCCAAGAGGACCAAGAAGUUCAAGCUCCAGGGCAGGUCAUAA